AUGGAAGGCGGAGACACGAGUGCCGCCGUCGCGCCCGCAUUUAAGACGCGGCGCGGAAGUGGUGGCGCCAUUUACGACAAGUAUCUGAACAUUAAGAACAAUACGCUGCCAAACGAGAACGGCGGUGAUCCCGCUAAAAAGAGCACGGAGAUCUCCAACUCGACAGAUGAACAAGAGCUUGAAGCUGGAGAAGUGGUCAGUACUGAAGAGAAUAAUGCUGCAUGUGCCAACGGACCCUCGGGCCUCGGCGUGUCUACCGAUUCUGCUGAUGGCAAGCGAGAGCCCGAGGUGGAGCCGCAGGCACAGCCCCAGCCUCAGCCUCAGCAGGCAUCGUGCGACACGCCGCAGCCCGAGGUGUCUGUCCCUGCUGAUGAAGAUAAUACGUCACUAACGGCUGUUGGCACUUCUUGUGCUUCUGCUCCUGCUUCGCAUGUUGAUGCAUCUAUUGCUUCUGCUUCGAAUCCUGUGGAUGCUCCAACGACUGUUGUUGACGCACCGACUGCUGCUCCGUUGUCGCCUUCCGCUGCUGCGUUCGAACGUGCUCGUGAACCUGCACUAUCGCCCCCUGCAUCGCCAUCGCAUUCUCCACCGAAUGAACAGUAUGCAGCAAUGAGAGUGGGCGGACCCGUUAGGAUGAUCAACAACGGUCGUGAUAUGACGUCGCCAAGAAUGGGACCACCGGGAAGACCUAUGUCGCCGAGGAUGAUGGGAGGCCCGGACGGACCUUCGAGAGGACGCAGCCGAAGUCGCGAUCGUGAUGGGAUGCCAGGUAAUAUGAACGGAGGAAGUCGGCCUCGAUCACCGCCUCGCGGCCCGCCUGGAAAUGGACACUUUGAUGGUCCACCUCACAGAGAUAAUGGACCACCCUUCAAUGGUGGCCGUCCCCACAGCCCUCGUAAUGGUUUCGGCGGAAGACCAGACAGUCCUCGCAAUGGGUUUAAUGGUGGCAGACCGGGCAGUCAUUUUCGAAAUGGAUUUAAUGACGGCAGACCGGGUAGCCCACGCGGUGGGUUUAACGGAAGACCGGGCAGCCCGCCCCGUGGUGGCUUUGACCGUGGCCCAGGCGGUCCUCGUCGAAGCCGCAGUCGCAGCCCGUCCCGCGGACCUUUGCGCAGUCCUCCACGCAACGGCAACGGAUUUGGGCCUGGACCUGGACCUAACGAGCGACCAGGGUCGGCAGGCCCACGAAGUCCUCCACGCGAACCUGGGUCAAGAAGCCCCCCCCGUGGACCAGGUUUAAGAAGCCCACCGCGAGGUGGUUUUGGCGGUCGUGGCCCUGGUGGCCCACCUCCUUUCGACGACAGAGGUAGAGGACCUUCGAGUCCCAUGCGUGGUGGUGGCUUUGGAGGCCCUGGACCCAGUGGUCCCCCCUUUGGCGACCGAGGGCCUGGGCCCAAUGGUCCUCCCAACAUGUUUCCUUCUCGAGGUCGGAGCCGCAGUCCGAACCGUCCACCUCCAAACAUGUUUCCUCCUCGAGGUCGGAGCCGCAGUCCGAACCGUCCACCUCCAAACAUGUUUCCACCUCGAGGUCGGAGCCGUAGUCCGAAUCGUCCACCUCCAAACAUGUUUCCACCUCGAGGUCGGAGCCGCAGUCCGAACCGUCCACCUCCAGGUGACAUGAUGCGCAAGAGAGACCGAAGCUGGGAGCGUGGUGGCCCUCCACCAGACAUGAUGCGACGUCCAUUUAACGGCCCUGGAGGACGCCCCGACAGCCCUCGCAUGAUGGAGCCUCGUCCUUUUGACACUCCAAGCGAAUGGAACUUCGACCUCAAGCGCAGUGGCAAGUUUAAAUGUCACUGCAGCGCUACAUCGCUCUCGGUUGGACUAAACCGUCAAUUGCCGUCAUAUCUGGAUGUGGUGAUGUUGCCACAUUUGAACAAGUCGGCCGAGUUUCUGCUGCUCGAACGGCCUAAUGUAAGAAGAGUUGUGUACGAGCUGAAGCCCCAGUCGAUGGCCGACGCGAGCGGCUACCGGGAAUUCGUGGACUACCUGAUUCAAGGACGCAGUGGUCACGCGCGUGCAGGGGGAGCUGCGGAAAUGGAUUCUCAGGGCUUUAAAGUGUUUAUUCUGCCCCCGGGCCAAGCAGCACGACAGCUUGGCUAUAAGGGAGAUCAUAUGGUCGUCGUUCUGCGCUCUCGGUAA